UACCAUCAUCAGAGGUGCGUGGCAGUGGGGGGUUACUGUGCGCGCAGCGCGGAUGCGUCAGGGCGCAUAUUGGACUAGUUGUUUCGGUCACUCCCGCAGAGGCGAUGCCCUUUUGUGGACUCUGAGGACGAACAGCGCUCACAGGCGGGACACAAAGACAAGAGCGCUCUCCUGCUGCCAGUCAGGCGGAGAAUACUCGCUGUGGUGGAUUUGAGGUGGUUUCACGCCCUGAACAUCUGUGUUCUCUGCUCUCUGAAGACUGAGCGGAACUUUUACGCAAUCAUUUUUACGCACCAGGCGCGACCGCUACAAUGUUCUUUCGCCCCACUUCAUCUGGAACCUGAUCGAUAACUUCUGGAAUAACUUAGUGGAUAUUUUUCGGAAGGAUGCCGGUCGAUAAAUUCGCAAACAUGGAGGAGAAACUUUGGAUACUCGAGGACUUGAACAUGAUGUAUAUCCGUCAGAUUGCGCUCAGUUUACAGGACAGUGACAUCCAGAAAAAGAUCGACCAUGAGAUCCGGAUGCGUGACGGUGCGUGCAAGCUGCUGGCAGCUUGCUCGCAAAAAGAUCAGGCGCUGGAGGCGGCCAAGAGCCUGCAGACAUGCAGCACCCGAAUCAUGGCCUACAUGUCGGAGCUGCAAAGGAUGAAGGAGGCCCAGGUCAUGCAGAACGUUCCACGGAGGUCGUCGGACGCGGGGCCGAUGGAUGAUCGGCUGCCUUGCAAGGGGAAGGUAGCCAUCUCAGAUCUGCGUAUCCCUCUCAUGUGGAAAGACACAGAGUACUUCAAAAACAAAGGAGAGCUCCAUCGAUGUGCAGUGUUCUGCCUCCUGCAGCUCGGAGGAGAGAUCUUCGACACAGACAUGGUGAUCGUGGACCGGACCCUCACCGAUAUCUGCUUCGACAACACCAUUGUGUUCAGUGAAGCCAACCCCAGCUUCGAGCUGCGCGUGGAGCUCUAUAGCUGUUGCUCGGAGGAGGACUACUCGGUGGGAAGCACUCCAAGGAAGCUGGCCAGCAAGCUGAGCUCAUCGCUGGGCCGGUCAGCAGGGAAGAAGCUGCGGGCGGCCAUGGAGCCCGGCCCUUGUAGUCCUGUCAGCAACGGAGGAGCCUCUCCUCUCCUGCUGCCUCUUCCAUCUGUCCCGGGUCCUAAAUACCACCUCCUAGCGCACACCACCCUGAACCUGUCACACGUCCAGGACAGUUUUCGCACCCAUGACCUCAGCAUCUCAGGCAAUGCAGAAGACAGUUCCUAUUGGCUGCCCCUGUACGGGAGCAUGUGUUGUCGCCUUGCAGCUCAGCCUCAGUGCAUGACCCAGCAGAUGAUGAGUGGUUGUCUAAAAGUCACGCAGUUGGGAAACGACACUCACAGUUGGACAAAAGUCUUCGCAGCUCUGAAAGGAACAAGCCUUUCCUGCUACCACCAGCAGGCCGACGUGGAGGCCGGCGUGGAGCCGGCGUUCACCAUCGCGAUCAAUAAGGACACUCGAAUACGAGCCUCUGAAAAGGACCCGCACAGCAAAGCUCAGAUUAUCUGCAUCAGCAACUUGUACGGAGGUGAAGAGGUCACUCACACGUUGACCACGGACAGUCGAGAGGAGACGCACCGGUGGAUGGAGGCCUUCUGGCAGCACUUCUACGACAUGAGCCAGUGGAAGCAGUGCUGCGAUGAACUCAUGAAGAUCGAGUUGCCAUCGCUACGGAAACCGGCGCCCGUCACGCCGAAACAAGGCUCCCUUUAUCAUGAAAUGGUUAUUGAAUCUACAGACGACAUCAGCAGCACCGUGUCGGACAUCUUGGCGCGGAGGAUGCAGGAGCUGGAGCUCCGCAGCCAGCUGGGCGGCUCUCCCACCUGGAUGUCUCUGUUUGAGGAGAGUCACCCUCGUGCGUGCACCUCCUGCCUGUCGGCCCACAGCCCCUGCCCUCGACACCUCUCGGACGCCAGCCUGACCUCGGACAGCGACAGCUACUGCAGCACCAGUCCCUGCUUCCGCCACCACGGCUGGCCCGAGCCUCCUCGGAGUUUUGCUCUCUCCACUUCGCCUCCCUCUCGCUUCAGGCCACGCACUUUAUCACUGGAUGCGAAGCUCAGCACCCUUCGAGGGCGAGGCUACGUCGGAGGCGGUGCUGCUCCUCGCACCUCGCUGCUGAGCCAGCGCCCCGUCUCCUCCCGCUCUCCUCGGUCCCAGUGCAGCAUGCAGACCACCCUGUCCUGCGCCAGCUCCACAUCCAGCAGCAGCUCCAGCAACAGCGAGGGCAGCCACGAGUCCAGUGAGGGAGGCCCCUUCUCCAGGCCUUCGCCGGCUCGACGCAGCCUCCGAAACCUCCGAGCCAGACUGGAUCCACGCAACUGGCUGCAGAGUCAGGUGUGAGAUGUUCCAGGACUGGCUGCUGUGCGCCGCAUCUGGGAGCUACUGAAGAACAUUUCUUACUCAGUCUUUAGACUCUCUAACUGGAACUGUUGAGUCCACGCACGACUGCACUGGACGGCCGUCGCUCGCAAUAAAAAAAAUAAUGGGUUUAAUUGUUCUGCCUGAAGGAGCAGGUGGGAGAUGAUAAACAAGGUUCUCCUGGACGACUAUGCACCAUCGACGACUGAGCUCCUGCUUUAACUACUGUGAUCUCUUCAGGAUGAAUUCAGCCUGCCGUCUCACUCCUCUCCAUCCUGUUGAGUCCGUCUCUCCAGUCCAAAACAAUGUGAACUAUGCAUCUGUUGUUCGCUGUAGGUCGCUGACAGCGCCGCCUGUUCUCAACAAAGCAGUGACAACUCUAAACACCAACUCUGACCCAAACCUCAUCGUUGGCUUUAAAGUCUCCCACACCAUUUUACUGUAACCAGUGCUUGCAAACAGCAUUUUUACUGUAAUUUAAUUUUGAUAAGUUAACAAAUAAACCUCUUUCUUAUCUAACUGUUGGUUGGCUGUAACCAUGUAACUGUACAGAUGUUGAACCGUCAUAGAUAUAACAUGGAAUGUUAUAUGACUAGAGUGACCGCAGGCUUUGUGUUCUGCAUGUACCGUCAUCAAAGACGGCAAUAAUAUAACAUUAAUAAAUGAUUUAUCG